GCAGACACAGGCUCUGGCCGCCUAAGAGCCAGAGAGAAAGUUCCCGGGACAGUUCGCCCGCGGGAGGGCCCAAACUGCGGCCACUGGCCGAGAGGGUCUUGAGUUCUGAGAGUGCUGCGCGCGGUCCUUCUGCACGCACUUAGCUGCCAGGGCCCUGCUUUCCGAGAGAAGCAGAGGAGCCUCGCAGGCGGGCAGCCGGGGCGGCCGGGGCUAAACUUGGACGAGGAGGAUGCUGCGAGUGGGCGCGGCGGCGCGGGGCGCGGGGGCGCUCGCCAAGCACUGAUUGCUCCCGGCGGACUCCGAGCGCGCUGAAGAGCAGUGGGCAGGUAGCGGCUCCAAGCGCCCGGACUGCGCCAAGCCGACAAGCAGGGCCGCCAGCGCCACCGUGCAGGCGUCGUCUCCUCGCCACGGAGUCAUGGUGCGAGCAGCGCGCACGCCCCGCGCGGAACUCUGAGCUCCGGCCGUGCAUUGCUCCCCCUCCUCUGGUAUUCCCAUCCGAUCUCCCCGUGACUGCCUUGUUCGCGGACCAUGAAGCUAUCUCCCAGAGCCCCUUGCCUCUGAGCUACGCAUCGCCCCGCUGCAGCCCCAACGCCGCUGGGCCACAGACAGCGCUCCAACCCUUGAAGCUCGGGAUCUUCUUCCAGGGGCGCGGGGCGUACGGAGAUGGCUCUCCGUGGACUCAUCCGGCAGAGCAAAGUUCGCCGGAGGCGAGAGAUGCUGCCGCAGCAAGUUGGCUUCGUGUGCGCUGUGCUGGCCCUGGUGUGCUGUGCCUCCGGCCUCUUUGGAAGCUUGGGCCACAAAACAGCUUCUGCUGGCAAACAUGUUCUGCUGGACACGUGGCGAAAUAGAAAAUUGAUGGCACCAAUCAAUGGGACUCCGCUGGCUAAGAACUGCACAGAUCCUGCGAUUCACGAGUUCCCCACAGACCUGUUCUCCAACAAAGAACGACAGCACGGCGCUGUCCUGCUACACAUCCUUGGUGCUCUCUAUAUGUUCUAUGCCCUGGCCAUCGUGUGCGAUGACUUCUUUGUUCCAUCCCUAGAGAAGAUCUGUGAGAAACUUCAUCUGAGUGAAGAUGUGGCAGGUGCCACCUUCAUGGCUGCAGGAAGCUCGACACCAGAGCUGUUUGCUUCUGUCAUUGGUGUGUUCAUCACCCACGGAGAUGUCGGUGUAGGAACGAUUGUGGGCUCUGCUGUGUUCAACAUCCUAUGUAUCAUUGGAGUGUGUGGACUCUUUGCUGGACAGGUGGUGCGGUUGACGUGGUGGGCUGUGUGCCGUGACUCUGUGUACUACACGCUCUCUGUCAUUGUGCUCAUUGCGUUCAUAUACGAUGAGGAAAUUGUGUGGUGGGAAGGCCUGGUGCUCAUCAUCCUGUACGUGUUUUAUAUUCUUAUCAUGAAGUACAAUAUGAAGAUGCAGACAUUUUUCACAACCAAACAAAAGAGCAUUGCAAAUGGUAACCCGGUCAGCAACGAGCUGGAAGAUGGUAAUGACCUCUAUGAUGGUAGCUAUGACGACCCUUCUGUGCCAUUGCUGGGGCAAGUGAAGGAGAAACCUCCCUAUGGCAAAACCCCCGUGGUUAUGGUGGAUGAGAUUCUCAGCUCUAGCCCUCCCAAGUUCACCUUCCCUGAGGCUGGCCUGCGCAUCAUGAUCACCAACAAGUUUGGGCCCAGGACUCGACUACGGAUGGCCAGCAGGAUCAUAAUUAAUGAACGACAGAGGUUGAUCAACUCAGCCAAUGGUGUUAACAGCAAGCCACUGCAAAACGGGAGACAUGAGAACAUGGAGAAUGGAAAUGUUCCUGUGGAGAACCCUGAAGACCCACAGCAAGGCCAGGAGCAGCAGCCGCCACCACAGCCACCACCCCCAGAGCCAGAGUCAGUAGAGACAGUCUUCCUGUCACCCUUCUCAAUGCCUGAGGCAAAAGGCGACAAGGCUAAGUGGGUGUUCACGUGGCCCCUCAUCUUCCUCCUGUGUGUCACCAUCCCCAACUGCAGCAAGCCCCGCUGGGAGAAGUUCUUCAUGGUCACCUUCAUCACGGCCACUCUGUGGAUUGCCGUGUUCUCCUACCUCAUGGUGUGGCUGGUGACUAUUAUUGGAUACACACUUGGGAUCCCCGAUGUCAUCAUGGGCAUCACCUUCCUGGCGGCAGGCACAAGUGUUCCAGACUGCAUGGCAAGCUUAAUUGUGGCAAGACAAGGUCUUGGAGACAUGGCAGUCUCUAACACCAUCGGAAGCAACGUGUUUGAUAUCCUGGUGGGGCUUGGCAUCCCGUGGGGCCUGCAGACCAUGGUUAUUAAUUAUGGAUCCACAGUGAAGAUCAACAGCCGGGGUCUGGUCUAUUCCGUGGUGCUGCUGCUGGGCUCUGUCGCUCUCACUGUCCUUGGUAUUCACCUCAACAAAUGGCGCCUGGACCGGAAACUGGGCAUCUACGUGCUGGUCCUCUAUGCUGUCUUCCUGUGCUUCUCCAUAAUGAUAGAGUUUAAUGUCUUUACCUUCGUCAACUUGCCCAUGUGCAGAGAAGACGACUAAAGCUGAACCAUUGCCCAGGAAACUGCUGUUGCCACCGAGAUGCUGGCGUCCUCUCUCUCUCUUUCUCCACACAGGUCUCUACUGCCGUGGCAGCCACUGUCAAUUCUUUCAUGAGCUGGAAGGAAGGGCCACCAUGGUCUUUGUCUGGUCACGGGCCAGGCUGAUGGGCAUCUGUUCCCGCAUGACAGGGUCCAGCCGUUAUUUGAGCAGCUCCACAGACUCUUGGCUACCAGCUGCAGGGAUGCAUCAUAUCUCUUCUCUCUUGCACACUUUAGUCAAAAGGACUUCUGUGUGCUGUUUGUCUUUCUGUUACAUGGGCAGCCUCAGAAAUGAGUCAGCCUGUGAACAUGAGGUGUCCUAGGUGAGUGCAAAGUAGGUCCAGAGGCAAGUGUCACCUCUGGGCCUGGAGAAAGCAGACUGUGUUACCAUGACUCUGCUGGGAACACUGGAAGAGACAAGGUAUCAACCUGCAGGGGCUUCCAACCACUGCAGUUAUAGGAAAACUAGGAAGAGUGGAAACAUAAUUUCUCAAUAGAAGAGAGAAAAGCAAGCGAAUACUGUUAUCCUUUUUAUUGACACAUUCAGAAACUGAGCAAUGAAAUAUUAAAAAUAAAACAUCACAUAUAGAUCAUCAUACUUGAAGAAUAUCAUUCCACUCAAAAGAAUCAUUAACAGGGAGCAAAAAGGUGACCCUUGGAGAAAAAUUAACCCUCUGUGUGUCAUCCCAUGCUGACUCCGAGACGAUUUGGUUUGGAAUAUAGAAAAGGUGGAAGACCGCCCAGAAAUAGGUGCUAACUCAGAGACACAGUGGGGAAUGUAGUCACAGCUACACAUUUCAGACCUUAGGAUGCCAUGCCCUGUCCUGUCGGGUUUGUAACUUCUCUGUUAAUGAUCUGCUACAAAACUACCCCAUUGAAAGACACAAUGUUUAUAUUGUUUAUAUGCCCAAGCAAUUGCAGAAGUGAUGGUUACGGACAAGAAAAGAGCUUCAGCAAAUUGCUCUCUCUGGUUAGCUGAAGCCAAGUAUGAAAAACGUACCUUAGAAUUUUUAGAGCUAAGUCUUUUCAACUUCAGAGUUUGCUACAACAAGCAAAGCCAGGGAUGGGAGAUGGACCCAAACAUAGGAAAAUAUGAAACAAUGUUUGACUGCUUUGUAGCUCUGAAAUCUCUGUGUAAUGGUUUCCUGACUAUAAACCAUCCCUGGGUUCUAAUGAGAAAGCACAAAUUAAUUUUAUAUAGUGAGGUUCUUAUUUUUUUAAUGUUUCUAUUGCAAAAGUCUAUCAGAUCUGAUGCACUUUGAAUACUGAGAUAUUUUGCACAGUAGAAGGCAUGGGGUGACCCAGGGUAAUGAGAGAAGGGCUUUUAGUGAUUUUAAUAUCGGUGGCUACUGUAAAUCUAGCAGCCCAGUCCUUCUGGGCCCAUGGUGGAAUCUGUAGCAAUGUUCUCUGAAUUUCAAGGGACAAAGCGUUCAAGCUUGUGUUCCUUAAGUUCCCUUAGCAGAACUGCAUUGAGACCUCGCUCCCAUUACCAGCCUUCUAUUCGGGGUUCACAUCAGUAUUAGUAGCUCGCCUAAGUCGGCUUUGCUCUUUGUCUAUCUGGGUGAAGUUGGUGGUCUUCAGAGUGAGGCAAUGUAAUCUCCCUUAAAAAGAAUAGCUGAUGGGCUGAGGGCAGGAGCCUGAAGGUGCCCCAGUGUAAAGUCAGCGCAAGAGGCUUCAGAGUUGAUCUACUCCCUGGUAGCUUAUUCACUACACUACACUACACUACACUACACACACACACACACACACACACACACAAACACACACCACACACACACCUUCCUUUCACAGGCGCAUGCAAGCUCCGAGUGCUUCUGUCUCCUAACUUCUCUGUAGUGUUCGCAUGGAUUACUCUCAUCUCAUCAGUAAUUAGCAUCAAGUGACUCUAGUUUAGCUUCAGAAGGUAGCAGAGCUGAAGCCAAAGGUCUCCAUCACCCCUCCUGCUCUGGCUGGUACACUAGAUUGGCCAGCCUGGCACAGUGGCAUGAUUUGCUCUGAGUUGGGGGUGUGAAUCUUACUUCUUGGGUCAAAAACGCCCCAUGGAAUAUUUAAUUUACCCAGAAAAAUUUCAAAUCAUAUUGUAAUACCUGCCCUUGUUAAAUGCCCCUGCUUUUCCUGCACUGUGUUUUGAGUCUCCGCAUCUUCGAGAAGCUUGCAGAGAACAUCACUGUAGCCUCCCUCUCCCCCUCAGAAUCUUCUGGAAGCUAUAUAGUGUCUCGCAACUGCAGUUAGAAACUGGAAAUUAUGUUUUCAGUCUGAAGGGCACACCUCUUGCUAGUUUUCUUUUGACUUAAAUGUGCCAAUGAUCCUCAGAGGCUCUGGGCAUCUCUCCUAUCUAAGAAACUACAGGUUGACAAUGAAAAUUUCUGGUUUUAGCUAAAUAUUUUUCCUCGUGAGUUUAAAGAGUCAUUUGAUAAUAUAGACCUUCGUUUUGGAAAAACGUGCUUCCAUUAGUAUACAGGAUUGCUUUCAUUGUUUUAUCCCUAAAGCUAAAUUAGUAUGGUGUAAUUACUUCUGCUACAAAAAGAAAAAAAAAACAGUUAAAAAAUACACUUAGGUUUUCCUCUUCAGAGGCAGAAAAUAAGAGCAAAUGCUGUGUUCAAAUGCGAAGUGUCAGCCUCUCUCUCUCUCUUGGCCUCUCCUGUCUGGAUCCUUUAUAGAACUGAGGUGGGGAGCAGCCUGUGGACAGAGAAAGUGUGAGUAGGAUCACUCCUCCUGGGGAAGCAGGAGAGAAGUCCAGCCCAGCUGCUCUCUCUGGCCUCCCUGCUCCCUGGGUGUGAAAUUGGGCUGCUCUUCUCCCAUACGAGGUCAAUAACCGCCUAGCCCACCUUGGCAGUGAGUAGCUGACAUUUUUCAAUGCCCCCCCAAGCCACUGAUGCACACCUACACACUGUCCCAACCCUGCCUGAACCCCUGGAGAAAGGUUUGGUGUUCUCUCUCUCUCUCUCUCUCUCUCUCUCUCUCUCUCUCUCUCUCUCUCUCUCUCUCUCUCUCUCUCUCUCUCUCUCUCUCUCUCUCUCUCUCUCUCUCUCUCUCUCUCUCUCUCUCUCUCUCUCUCUCUCUCUCUCCUACCUGUCUUACCUUCUCUUGUAAUUUACCUUUGUAAGUUGCAUGGAAAAGCUGGCUGUGUUCUUGGUAGAUGCUAAAGGGACAAAGAAAUUGCUGCUUAGAGUUAAAAGCGCCAGGAGAUUGCUUCCAUCAGCCAGGUUUUAAAUGCCUGCCAGAGGUGCCCUGAUGUCUCCUAACACCAUCUCCACAGGAGUCCUUCUCUGGGGGGCAGUGAGCAGAUGUUAUCUAGAACACCCUGGGAUGGCUUAGAUGCCAUGGUGUGUCCACAGAAACUUCUGGAAAGUUUCUAAAAUGUUCUCUGGUUAACUGGAGUGGCAAUAAGUCAUGAUUCCUACCGGCUAAGACCCUGUCUCCCUGAGCCCAGCUCUCUCUCUCUCCCCAUGUAGACCCAGAGGGUACCUGCUUUCCCCAGGUAUGAACACUCUACCUUGGUUCUGUGGUCUCUGCAGCUUAGCACAUCCCAUGAGCCCGUCAAGGGUCAUAACCCCACUGGGCUUUCUCAAAGUCGAGAGAAGGGGCUCCUCCUGUUUUCUGGGAAACUCUCCCUGCUGUCAGUUAUGUGGGCCCAGCAAAGAGACUUUCAUAGGCUCUACCCACAGGGCAGGGGUGUCUCAAUGUUUGGCUUCUCUGAGCCAUAUCAUCUACAAAGUUCACACACAAGCCAUGCAAUCAUGUUACAUAUAUAUGUGUGUAUAUGUAUAUGUAUUUAUAUAUCCCCCAAAUCUCAAAAUGUUUCAAGGAAGUUUACAGUUUGGCAUGGGGCCAUGUGUUAGAUACUCCUGAUGGUUUUUUUUUUUUUUUUUUUUUUUUUGAUAAAAGCAGCCUAGACUUGGUGGGUGCUGCUUUUGUGAUUUGCCUCAUGUCCAAUUUGGGAAUAUGUCCCUUCAUCAAAUGCAUGCCUUCAUGCAGUUGGAGAAAGGGGCACUUUUCUCCACCUCUGCCACUCAGGAGAGGUUAUCAUUUUAGGGAAGCCAGUUGAGUGGUCCAGGAGCUUUGGUUACCCUAUGAAGGGAUUAAGCAUCAUAGCUUUUCAACUGUCUUUGCAUUCCAGUUUCCACGCAUCUAGGCUAAAUCCUCAAAUACCUUCUCACACACCCAUAUACCCACACAUGUACUGCUAGGGAGUCAGGGCUCUGCUUUAACCCUGUGUUUCUAAUCUACCGUACGGUUUCCUGUCCAGGUGACCAAGUUGUCUAACUUCCUCCCUCUCCUGGGCAAUGGCUGAAGUCAAGUCUUGUCUAAUCCGCCCUGACGUAGUCCGGGGGCCCUGGGAAGCAUCUAAGAGUUAAAACAGUCUGCUUCUGAGAAGGUCAAGGCUGCGGCUGUGUGCUUUUCUAUCGUUACAUUUACAGGGCUGGGGCUUGCCUACUCCCUGUUAAAAGCCCCAGGAUAGAUGCCAGCAUGACCCACAUCUCUUCCCACAGUGCUGCCAGAAUCCAAGCAGUGGCUGCUUAGGCACCAUUCUGGUCUCUUCUUUUCCAUCCAUGAAUUCAAGAAAAUCCCUAAUCCUGGAGAGAAUAUGGGCCUUCCAACUCCACCCUUAGAAAAUGAGUUUGUUUGUUGUUGCUGCUGUUAGCUAUUAAUAGAAGUGACCAUGUGACCUUUGGUUUGGCAUGAUCAGUUUUUGUCUACAAAGGAAGGGUCCAAGACAACAUUCACCCCUCUCAUCACUCUAGAAUUCCCAACAGGGAAUUUUUGGGGUUCACUGCAGAGGAAACACAGACAUUUUCCAACUGGAGGCCUUUCCUCCCCCUGAACAUGACUGAGACGGGUUCACUCUGUUCCUUGAGGGAAGUGUUCUGUGGGUGGGUUCUGGCUGCGGGUGUCCAGCCUCACCUUGAGCUGUGUGAGUUGCAGACCCUGGGACUGUGCUCUGCCUUUUUCCACCUGACCUACACCAGGUUUACUUGGGGCCCUCGGCAGAUAGAACUGCGGCUGAGUCACUGUGGCUGACUUGGGAAUCUCCAGACUGUAGAGGGUUGGCUGCUAGUGUGUGAGGCUGGAUAUGCCCUUCAGAGCACUCAGUCCUGGCAGGGUAUCCUCCCCCGUGUCUCCAAAGUCCUUCUUGAUUUCUGACACAAAGGCAGCUUUGAUUACACAGAGGCAGAAGAGACAGAAGGUCAGCCAGCUGCACCAGAUCCAGGGGCAAGGUAGGGCUGCCAAGUCAAGCUGGACCUGAGGAGACCAGGCACAUCCAAGAUGCCAAGGGUCAGGCUGCGCAGUUUCCUCAGGGAGUUUGGACCUUUUCUCAACACAGUCUUGAUUUAUCAAGUCGCAGGCUGAUGGAAACAGAAGAGUCUUGAAUCUUGAAAGAGCCUCCUUAAAAAUACUCCAAACCAAGGAUUUCUGAGGCCAUCCAGACACUACCUAGUGCCCACAAGACAUCUGUAGCACGCUGGGCUGAGCACCGCCAUUUUUGUUCAUUCUAUUUAACAAGCAGAGCAGGAGCAAGGGAUUGGGAAGCUGUAAAUAAUAAAUAUAUUUAUGCCGCUAUUUAUUUUUUCAAUAACUGUGACCUCCUGCACUGUGAAUGCUCUGUGAUAUGAGAUUCUUAGUUUAAUAAAACUGUCAUUAAAUUUGAAUGAAUUGAUAUUAUUGGUUCCCAAACACUGGCAUGAUUUAACUUCUAUUAUGCAGAAAAGCAUUCUAGAGUAAUAUAUGAAACUAAACCUUUAUAAGAAACCUAGCAGUCGGUGUUGUGACGCAAUAUAUCAAAACCAUGUACACUGCCAAUACAGUAAACAAACACAAGUCACCCUCCUGAUAGACCUUCCACCCACAUUUCCAUAGAUACAGAUGUGAAUUUUUUGGAAAGAAUUAUGUUGGUAUAACAGCCAUUGGAAACCAUUUCUAUUUGCCUAUUGAGACACAAAUAAACUUCAGAAACAGGACAAGAAGUUGGAGCUUUUAAUUACAAAGGUUGGAAAUGAGUUAACAAAGUUGGAUUUGAGAUUCAUCAAGCCUCCCUGGGAUGAGUCCUGACAGUCCCACACUGUUCUCAUGGGAGCUGUCCCAUCUCACCGUGUCACCCAGACACACUUUAAAGGGUUUCAGCUUAGUUGUUAUGAUCUUGAGGUUCGUGUGUGUGUGUGUGUGUGUGUGUGUGUGUGUGUGUGUGUGUGUGUGUUGUGCAUGUGCAUGGACACAUUUGGGUGUGCACAUGUGCAGUUGGAGAUGAGACUGGCAUCAGGUACCAUCUCCUAUUGCCCCCGACCUUGUGUUUUGAGGCAGUAUCUCUCCCUGAAAAUGGCACUGUUUGAUGACUGAGCUAUAUGUCGUAACACAGAGAUAUUUUUUAAAAUACUGGGGAGGUGACACACCACACUCCGCAGUGCCCAUGUGUUGGUGAGAAGACAGCUUGUGAAAGUCAGUUCUUUCCUUCCACCAUGAGGAGCCCAAGGAUGAAACUCACGUUGCCAGCCUUGGCAGCAAGUUCUUGGACAUGCUGAAGCUUCACGAUGGCCCCGCAGAGGUGCUUACACAGGCAUGUUUGUUGUUGAUGUUAUUCACAAUAGCAACAAAAUGGAAUUAGCCUACAUGUUCAUCAAAGAAGGAAUGGAUAAAGAAAAUGGCACGUAUAAAGUAGAGCUUUAGGCACAAAAAAUAUUGUUAUACACAUUUCAGAAAAAUGGAUAGAACUGUAUAAUAUUAAUGAAAUUACAAAGAUUAAAACAGAGAAACACUGUGUUCUCUCUCAUA